GCGGCGUGAGGGCUCAGUGUGUUCGUCGUGUUGAUUUUUUUUAAAGAUGUAAUUUUAAAGCUUGAUAACAUGGGUGCAGGAAGUAGUAAAGCUAGAGCGAGAACUGAUUGGUAUAAGGUCCAUAUACUAGACAAAGAUAACGACCAGUUGGUCCAGGCAACAGGUCGAAUAAAAGUGACGUCAUCUCAUAUGACCUACACCGAUGACCGGGAUGAGUACGUGUUACCGUUACAAAACAUUAUACGUCACUCACUCACUGAUGACGUAUUGACCGUGGAGAUAUCAAAGUUUCAAAGAACAUCCCAACGAGCCGUCUAUUCCUUUAAAUCGGACUCCGCCAAAACUAUCUUCAAAGAAAUCGACCGUAAUUGCAGACAGCUGGCCAAGGGUAUCGCCAAAUCGACGGAGAGAAUGAUGAAGGGAGUUUCUGUAUAGUAGUUUUUCGUGCCAACCGAC